ACCCGGCGGGAGAUCAUGAUUUGCUUGUUGGCGUUUAUCAACCCUUGAUUUUCAGAGAAAUGAAGAUCAAUUAAUAAUGUGUUGAAGACACUAAUAAUAGAGUAAACAAGCAGAAUGACAUCCAUUAUAAAACUACAGCCAUUUUCUGGUGCUCACAAUGAAUCGCCUCCAUGCUACAUGCUACAGGUGGAUGAGUUCCGAUUUCUCCUGGAUUGCGGUUGGGAUGAAGAUUUCAGUAUGGAGUUCAUUAGGGAAGUUAAAAGACAUGCUCAUCAGAUAGAUGCUAUUUUGUUGACCUAUCCUGAUCACAUACACCUGGGUGCUCUCCCUUACCUGGUUGGAAAUGGAAUUUUGAACUGUCCCAUUUAUGCUACUAUUCCUGUGUAUAAAAUGGGACAGAUGUUUAUGUAUGAUUUAUAUCAGUCUCGACACAACACUGAAGAUUUUGACAUAUUCACUCUUGAUGAUGUGGAUGUCGCUUUUGAUAAAAUAGUGCAACUUAAGUACUCCCAGACUGUGAAUUUAAAAGGAAAGGGUCAUGGUCUACAGAUAACACCUCUACCUGCUGGUCACAUGUUAGGUGGUACUAUCUGGAAAAUCAUUAAAGACGGAGAGGAAGAAAUAGUAUAUGCUGUGGAUUACAAUCACAAGAAAGAAAGACAUUUGAAUGGCUGUGUCCUAGAGAAUAUUUCAAGACCACAUCUGAUGAUAACAGAUGCAUUUAAUGCCACAUAUGUUCAGUCUAGACGAAGAGCAAGAGACGAGCAGUUAUUAACAACAAUCCUGCAGACUAUGAGAAAUGAUGGCAAUGUGUUGGUUGCUGUCGAUACUGCUGGUCGAAUGCUGGAACUGGCUCAGCUCUUGGACCAGAUGUGGAGGAAUUCUGAAUCAGGUCUUUCACCAUAUUCCCUUGCCCUGCUCAACAAUGUCAGUUUUAAUGUGGUGGAAUUUGCCAAAUCUCAGGUGGAAUGGAUGAGUGACAAAAUCAUGAGGUCAUUUGAGGAGGCAAGAAAUAACCCUUUCCACUUUAAACAUGUGAAGCUGUGUCAUAACCUAGCUGAGCUGGCGAGAAUACCAGAGCCAAAGGUGGUUUUGGCAAGUGUUCCAGACCUGCAAUGUGGAUUUUCCCGAGACUUGUUUUUAGCCUGGUGUGGUAGUCCUAAAAAUAGCAUCAUCCUGACAAAUAGAACCUCUCCAGGAACUCUGGCAAGAUGGCUGAUAGACAACCCAGAGAACAAGACUGUUACCAUGGAUAUAAGAAGAAGAGUGAAGUUAGAGGGAACAGAAGUGGAGGAGUAUCUCCGUAAAAAGAAAGAGAAAGAGGCAGAGGAACAGAGAAUCAAGAAUGAACAGAAAAGGGAGCUAGAAGAUGAAUCUAGUGAUGAAAGUGACACAGAAAUGGACACUGAUAACCAGAAUUUGUCCAGCAAAGGCAAACAUGAUCUCAUGAUGAAGAGUGAGGGUAAAAGUCGAACAGGAUUUUUCAAACAAGCUAAGAAGUCUUAUCCAAUGUUUCCUUUUACUGAGGAGAAACUCAAAUGGGAUGACUAUGGAGAAAUCAUAAGGCCAGAAGACUACACCAUUCUAGAUGUACCUCAGGCUGAUGAGGAGAGUUCAGCAGAAAAUGUUAAGAAGCAGGAUAGUGCUGUACAAGAUCUGUCAGAGGUACCUACAAAGUGUGUGGCAGCCACUGUGACCUUGGAUAUCAAUGCAAACAUCCAGUAUAUUGACUUUGAGGGGCGUUCUGAUGGAGAAUCCAUUAAAAAAAUCCUCUCGCAAAUUAAACCAAGGCAACUGAUUUUGGUGCGGGGCACUACAGAGGCCACGGAAGCUUUAGCAGAAUACUGUAGAAAGAAUGAAGUUGUGCAGAGCAAGAUCUUCCUUCCACAUAUUGGGGAAGUGGUGGAUGUCACAAGGGAAAGUCACAUCUUCCAGGUGAGACUAAGAGACUAUGUGGUGUCUGCCUUGGAAUUUGCCAAAGCCAAGGAGACUGAGCUGGCGUGGAUUGAUGGUGUGUUAGAUAUGAGUCAGGGUAAAGUGGACACAGGGGCCAUGUAUGAGGCAGAAGAAGGGGAGGUCACUGAUGAAAAAUCUCGGAAAAUUCGACAAGAUGGCACUAUGGAUGGAGAGGAGGAUCCUAUGGAGGUGGUACCAACACUAGAGGCUCUGCCACACAAUCAGUUUUUAGGACAUAAAGCUGUGUUUAUCAAUGAACCAAAGCUCUCAGACUUCAAGCUUGUGUUGUUACAGGAGGGAAUACAGGCUGAAUUCAUUGCUGGAGUGCUUAUCUGUAACAAUAAUGUAGCGGUCAGAAGGAAUGAAGCAGGAAGGAUACAGCUUGAAGGGACAAUAUGUGAAGACUUCUUUAAAAUCCGACAGAUUCUCUACAAUCAGUAUGCCAUUGUAUGAAGGAGAACUCCUUCAUUGAAUGUGAAGAUGUUUGUAAACCACCUCAUACAUUUUUAGUGGUCUGUUAUUUCUCUAAAACUUUCAAUGUUCCAUGUAAGAUUGUUCACAUUUAAAUGAUUGUAUGUGUGCUUAAAAAGUAUAUUAAUAGAUAAUGUAGAGUCUCUACUGAAGAAUGUUAUGAGUACAAAAACAAUGUCAUAGAAGAUUUUAUUACAAUUGUUACCUAGUAGUACUGAAUGAAACGUUUGAGUCAUUUUCUCAUCUGUAAAUCAGAAACUUGCGCAUUUUUACCCUCCAUUUGUGCCUAAUGCCAUUGUGUACAGAAUAAAUGUUGGGAAAAUGUUA